AUGCCGACGUCGCAGCUAUUACCCGAUUCAAGCGGCGAAGGUUUCCGUUGGGAAGCAGCUGGCCGGAUUCUUCAGUCUGGCAAAUCCGAUUCUCCGCCAACCGAAGCUCCUCCUCUACCUUCCAUGGCGGAUCUCUUGCUCCGAGGAUGCUCGAAACUUAUAGAACCAGAGGAAUCGAAGCCAACAAUGUUCACGACUGCUUCGGGAAAAUCCGUAGCUCUUAAAGAGUCUUCGAUUUCCAGAGCCAAAUUGAUUUUAGCAGAUUCAGAAAAUAACGCUCUCUCCAGGGAGAGUGGGUUUGGUGUUCCCAACUCCUUUUUACAGACUGCUUCUGACAAGAAGGUUAAUGUGUCUUCUGCUGGUAUGGCAAGAGCCAAGGCCUUGUUAGGACUUGAAGAAGAUGAUUUUAGUGGAUUCAAACACGUGAACCAUUUACCUUCUUCCCACCAGCAACAUGGAUUAGGAACUCCUGAGGCAUCUAGAGUUACAUCGGUUCAGCAUCGUUCUGUUACUCCAGGAGGACAUUAUGAGGGUCAUGUAUCUGGGAAACGCUCUGAAGGUUUAAGUUCAUCUCCAAAGGUUCCUCAAACAAAGUUUCAAACUGCUGGUGGGAGAUCACUGUCUGUGUCAGUCGAAGCCUUGAAUCGUGCAAGAAGCCUUCUUGGAGACCCUGAGUUAGGGCCUUUCUUUGACGAUGAAGCAACAUGUGGUCACUUUGUUACACCACAGAAAGAUAAAUGGAUAGGUGGCGAUAUUGCUCAUGAAGCAAAGACAAGCAACAAGCAUACAUCUAAUAGUUUUAUAUCUCCUCUUCAAUCAUCUUCAAAGCAAUUUAGAUCAGUCAAAUUGGAGGACGUAGCUUCAGGGGUUAAUUUGAUCAAGAAAUUUGAUGCGGCUGUUGAUGAGACACAUGGUCUAUCAAAUAACAGGCCUUUAGCAUCUGAUAUGGCAGUUAAUAAGACCACGGGAAACGCUUACAUUCCAAGAGCUACACAGUUUGGAAGGCAAGCUCACCAGCCACUUGUCGAUAUCACAAAUCGCAGUGAUAUCGCUUAUGCAAACAAUAGACAAGAAAGUAGCCAAAAGAAAAGACUGGGAAAGACAGUCUCCAUUCCUCCUUUUAAAAGGCCGAGAACCUCCUCCUUUAAAACUCCUCUAAUGAAAAAUGACCAGCAUGCUUCAAGUGGUUUGCCUGUCGUAUCUUGUGAUACACAAUAUUCCAAAAGGGUGCUUUCUACAAGACCUGAAGAAGGGUCUCCAAGAAUAUAUAUCAAGGAUUAUUUUGGAAUACGUCCAACAGCUACGACCAAGAUGGAUGUGCCAGAACAUGUCAGAAGAAUCAAAUCAAGUAAUGCAGAUAAAUAUGUAUUUGGUGAUGUAUCUUCCUCAAGCGUGGUGGGAGCUGAAACUUUUCUUCACAUGUUGGCAGAAUCUGGUGCUUUCUCACAACGUGCAUCUAGAGAGUGGGUCACCAAUCACUACAGGUGGAUAGUCUGGAAACUCGCUUGCUACGAGACAUACUACCCAGCCAAAUGCAGAGGAAACUUUCUGACAGUCACCAAUGUUCUCCAGGAACUAAGAUAUAGAUAUGAGAGAGAGGUCAAUCAUGGUCACUGCUCUGCAAUAAAGAGGAUUCUGAGUGGUGAUGCUCCAGCUUCUUCAAUGAUGGUGCUCUGCAUAUCUGCUAUUAAUCCAAACACUCGAGAAACACAUGGUUCUGAUAGUGGCAUCAAUGUGAAAAUAGAACUCACUGAUGGGUGGUAUUCAAUAAAUGCUGCUCUGGAUGUCAUGCUGAAAAAACAGCUGAAUGCUGGAAAAUUGUUUGUUGGGCAGAAACUUCGGAUACUCGGGGCAGGACUUUCUGGCUGGAGUAUCUCAACAUCACCUCUUGAGGCAGUGAUUUCGAAUGCAAUCUGUUUGGUGUUGAAUAUUAAUGGGACAUACAGAGCUCACUGGGCGGACCGACUAGGAUUCUGUAAAGAAGUUGGUGUCCCUCUGGCUCUCAACUGUAUCAAGUGCAAUGGGGGCCCUGUGCCUAAAACGCUAGCUGGAAUUACACGAAUAUACCCUAUCCUAUACAAGGAAAAGUUAGGUGAAAAGAAGUCAGUAGUUCGAUCAGAGAGGAUGGAAUGGAGAAUGAUCGAGCUGCAUAACCAGAGGCGCUCAGAUCUUAUAGAGGGUCUUAUAUGUGAGUACCAGGGAGGAAUCAAUGGUGUCCGUAGCCAGAACGAUACUGACAGCAAAGAAGGAGCCAAGCUCUUUAAGCUGUUAGAGUCUGCUGCUGAACCUGAUUUCCUAAUGGCAGAUAUGAGUAUGGAAGAGUUGAACUGUUUCAAUAGAUAUAAAGAAAAGUUUGAGGCGGCCAUGAAAAAAAGGAUGGAAAAAUCACUUGCAAAAGCUCUGGAAGACGCUGGCUUAGGUGAGAGGGAUGUCACUCCAUUCAUGAGGAUUCGGCUUGUUGGACUGACGAGCUUAAGUUAUGAUGGACACCCAAAUCCAAAAGAAGCCAUUUUAACAAUCUGGAAUCCAACGGAGACACAGAGAACCGAGUUGACAGAGGGGAAAAUAUACGCAAUGAAGGGGCUGGUACCAAUGAACAUAGAUUCAGAAACACUGUACUUACAUGCCAGAGGAUCUACCUCAAGAUUGCAGCCUUUGUCUCCAAAAGCUUCUGAAAAUUUUCAGCCAUUUUUCAACCCCCGUAAAUCGAUGUCAUUGUUGGAUCUUGGUGAAAUUCCUCUUGGAAGUGAAUUUGAUAUGGCGGGGUACGUUGUAUAUGUUGGAAAUGCAUACACGGAUGUUGACCAAAAGAAGCAGUGGGUGUUUGUUACAGAUGGAUCCUUACAAUAUUCAGAUUCAGGGAACAUCGCAAAUAGUCUUCUCGCUAUAAGCUUCAGCACAUCAUCCAUGGAUGACCUCCACACUCCCCUCAUUAGCCAUAAUGUUGUUGGAUCUGUGGUAGGGUUCUGCAAUCUAAUAAAAAGAGCCAAAGAUGUGGAAAACGAUAUGUGGGUUUGUGAAGCGAUGGAGAACUCGGACUACUUCUUAAACGCAGAUGCUGCUUGCCCUUCUCACCUCAAAACCACCAGUGGCCAUAUCCAAAUAUGGGCAAACCUCUCUUUUUCUAAAUCCAUCAUCCACCAACUUCGGCAAAGAGCUCUAUUUAUUGUCGGUGCUUAUUAAUCACGACCAUGCACAGCAGCACAGAGUGUAUUGCACACAUAUAUAUGUCUUUUGUGGGGGAUAGUUAAGGCCAAUUGGAUCCGUGAGUACCGUUAAACGUAAUGAUAUUUUCUCCCCCCGUACUUGGUAAUCUCAUCAAGGACAACAUUCUAAGCAAUGUGUAAAGUAUGUC